AUGCUUGAUGAGGAUGCAACACAUGCCGAGCUGUGGGACUUUAUUGACACUAUUAUCGACGUUGUAAAAUCAGUAGGAGUUCAGCUUGAGAAGGACUAUACCCAGAUGGUUCUCAUAGAUGAUGAAAAUGCCCAGUUACGAGCAGCUGUAUUUGAGAAGGGGAAGAAGAAGAAAAUGGUAUAUAAUUGGGGCCAUGCUCGACAUCUCACCAAUGCAGAGUGCUUGAUACAGUUAGCAAAGGAGGAGUGGAGGCACAAGGCGAAGGACCUAUAUAAGGAGGUUAGAAAGGCUCAUCAGACUCUUCAAAAGCGAAUGCAGUUGAAGGACAAGCAGGAGCAGGACAAAGAAAAGAAGAGACUAGCAGAGGGGAAAAAGCUGGAGUGGGAGCAGAGUAAAGCAGCAAAGCAGUUGGAGAAAGAAAAGAGCAAGCAAGAAAAACAAGCUGAGAAGGAGAAAAAACAGCAAGAGAAACAAGCCAAACCCAAACGUGGACAGAAUCGAGGUCAGCGAGUCCAAACCGGUGAACAAUUUGACUUCCCAGAUAGUAGCUCUGAAAAUUCUGCAACUCAAUCAUCAUCACUGGCACCACCACCCCGACCCAAGCCACAACCCCUUCCGCGGCCAGCUGCUAAUACAGUACCAGAAGACUCUGAGCUUGAAUCAAGUGACUCAGAGAAUGAAUAUGAGUUGGAGGACAUGGCAAUUGUUGAUAUAAUGGUGGAGCAGGAUGAGGAAGAAGGAGUAGAUGAUGAUGUGAAGCCUGAAAUCCAUGUCCUGGAGAUAAUCAAGCACUGUUGCAAGGCUGGUAUAUUGGAAUUCUGGGUUUCCUGGGCAGAUGGUGACAAAACUUGGGAACUAUUGAACAAUGUUGAAGAUCUGGAGGCAUUGGAUGCAUAUCUGAAGACUAAAAAAAUAUCUGACCUUACCAAUCUGUAG